ACACUCCCCACGACCUCUUUUUGUGUCCUUGUGAUAAUCAACAUGUCAGCUAUUCUCAAGCAUCCAGCGCUUGGGGAAAUCAAGGGAAACCAAAGAGAUGGAGUCGCACAAUUCUUAGGUCUCAAAUAUGCUUCGAUUAAAGACCGCUUUGCUCCACCAGAGUUGGCGGAUAAUUAUGGGUCGGGAAACACAGAUGCCACCAAGUUUGGGCCUCCUCCAGUCGCGCCAGCUGGCGUCAUUCAUGCCGAAUUUGGCUUUAUUCAGCAGUCAUUACCGUUACCAGAGAUUCCGGCACAGUCAGAUCUUGAAGGUCUGAAUCUUAACAUUACUGUACCUACGGACAAAAGUGGUUCCAUUGACUCAAAUGCAAAGUUGCCAGUCUACGUUUUCAUACAUGGAGGUGGAUUUGCAGUUGGAAGUGGCUGGUAUCCACACUAUGACCCGGCUGCUAUUGUGAAAAUGUCCGCUAAGAUGAAAAAACCUAUAAUUGGUAUUACUAUCAAUUACCGAUUGGGUGUUGCCGGAUUUAUGACAUCAGCUGAACUACGAAAAGCCGGGUAUAAAGCAAACAACGGCCUUCAUGACCAACGUACUGCAUUGCGGUGGAUUAAGAAAUUCAUAGGUGGCUUUGGUGGCGACCCCAAUCAUAUCACAGCGUGCGGAGAAAGUGCUGGAGCCGCUUCUGUGAUAUACCUACUGGGCUCGAAAGAGCCGUUGAUGAAGCAAGGUCUUAGUACAGGGGGAACACCACUCCUCGUUUUACCCCUCCCAGAAUCCGUGGCAGAGUCUGCCUACCAAAAUGUCAUUGAAGCAUUUGGACUCGCAGGACUGUCUUCAGAAGAUCGUAUAAAGGCUCUCUUGGCCUUGCCAAUCGAAGAUCUUUGGCAAAAGGCACCACCAUCAGCGCCUAUGAUGCCUUGCGUCGACAAUGAUACAGUACCUGGCAUACCUGAUUUCGCGACCGUUUCAUCUCAAGAAGACAAACCUAAUUUCCUGCUGCCUGGCCGAAAAUGGUGCAAAGCCUUGAUGCUAGGGGAUUCCAAGCUCGAUGGCAACAUUUUCGCAUUCAUGACGCUAGAUGCCCGUAAGCCUGGCAUUGCCCAAGCAUUCAUCCACUCUUGCAAUAAAACAUUGUCCACCCAUCCAGAAGUAGCUACAGAAUUACUCGCGGCAUACAAAAUCGAUGCCUCCACUUCAGAUGACGAGGCAAUCCUCGCCAUCGUACGCUUCGCGUCUGAAAUUUGCUUUUACGCGGCCUCACGUGCAUUUGCCCAGGGUUGGCCAAAUACACCCGAAUCGAAACUCUUCCUUUAUCACUUCAACGAGGGUAUACCUUGGGAAGGUCGGUUCAAAGGCGAAGCUGCCCAUAUUCUCGACGUAGCGUAUUUAUUCCAAAAUUUCAACGAACAUUUGGACGAUACGCAACUCAAGGUAGCCAAGGAAUAUGGAGAAGACUUUAUCAAAUUUGUCAAUGGCAAUGAUCCGUGGCCACCUGUACAGAAAGACAGGCUGUCCGCAAAGGUAUACGGGCCAAGUGCCGACGGUGUGACAAGUAGGUGGGUGCCGGAUGGCGCACCCGCAAAGAUUGGGCGAGAUGAACAUGUGUUGAAAGUUGCGGAGAAAGUUGGCUUCGACGCAAUACUCAAAGUCUUUUAUGACUAUUUCCAAGGGUAGUAGCUAUACAGGGAACCUGACAUCGCAUUGAACGAGCAGCGAGUGGAACUAGACCAGGCGACAAUGUACAAUAAUCAUAAACAUCAAAAAGAAUCACCAUAAAACUUUGAG